AAAUCCAGUGUUUUAAUUAAUAAUUGAGUAGGCAAUACUAAAUAUAAAAGGCGAUGAUAUUAAAGUAAUGGAAGUGUUCAUAAACAGCUAGUGGAGCGAUGUACGCUUAUGUUAAUUGUUUAUUUAGUAAAUCACAUUGAAUUUAAUUACGUUUGUGUAAUUUUAAAUAUCUUUCAACUUUAAUUAACUUUAUAUUAUAUUCUUUACGUGCGAUACUUAGACUAGAAACGUUAAACACAUUAAAAAUGGUUGAAGCAAGUAAGUUCUGGUUUGAGAAGGCAUGCAGCCAUGCCCCAUGCAAUACUCUAAUUCACCCUUGGACUUCUACAUGUAAAGAUGCUACAGCAACUAUGCUUCUCAGUUGCAUUAAAGGAAGUUAUAAGUUCUACGCCAUGGUGUACCUUAUUCAGAUAUUAAUGAAGGGCAAAAAAUUGGGCAAGGAAGAAAUGAUCGAGCAAUUCAAAUUGUACUUAAAAUCUGGCAUAUUCGGGUUGACAGUGGGAAGUUCUUUUGUCACAUUGAAUUGCAUAUUUAGGGCGUUAUUCUUCAGCCGCUUUAACUACUACACGACAGUCUUACUGCCUUGCACCGUGAGCGGCCUUGCAGUCUACUUCGAGCCACCCUACAGAAGAGUUAUGGUCGUCAAUCUAUUUGUCAACUUGGUAUUCGAAUAUUGGGUAAGAACAUUAGAAAUGAAAGGAUGGCUCAGGCGGACGCCGGGUAAAGAAACGCUCAUCUUCAUGUUGGGUAGUGCUGUCUUCUUCUAUUUAAUGAGAAAAGAUAGAGAGAACCGUAAACGAACACCAUUGUUUUGGUUCUUUACACCGCCGCGAGUUUCUAAGGAAGUUGGAGAGCCAAUAAAAGGUAUCAGUGGGAGGAGUCCUGCCUGUCCACAUAAAGGAAACUGUAGUAAUUAUAUUUUGAGGGGUACAAUACAGCUGUUCGGUGUGGGUUGCGCAAUGACAAUGCUGCGUACAAUUAUUCCCCGAAUCCUGACGCCGACGAAAGCGCUGAAGUCAUUGAGGCUAUCACAUCUCAAACUUGGAUUGUUCUUUGGUGGUUACAUCGGUAUUUAUAGGCUGGUUGUUUGUCUGCUGUGUCGGGCGUACGGCAAGGAUAACGCGCUAUAUGCUAUACCCGCGGGUUUUCUCGCGGGCGCCGCGUUCAGAGCCUCCCCGUCCUUGCCAAUUUCACUAGCUCCUUUAACGUCUACGUUACAGAUCCUAGGUUCGUGGGGUUACCAGAAGGGUAUGAUCCCCGAGCAGUGGCCGCUGGUGGAGCUGCUGUACUGCGUGUGUCAGGGCCUGCUGUUCCACGCCCGCGUCAUGCACGAGGAUGUCUGCCCCCGGUACAUCAUCAACCUGAUGACCACCGUCACCAGCACCAAAGCGGAUCAAAUUCAAGCGGCCUUCAUACAGAGAAUGUUACGGUCUCUAUAGAUGUAAGAUAAACUAGUGCUAACACUUGUAAGUUGUAGACGCGACAGCUUAACAAUUAAUUUAUGUUCUUUAUAUAAUGCUUUAUUUUCUUAUAAAUUUAGUAUUGAAAUUCAGAAUUUGUUAUUUAACUCUUUAUCGAUAUUAAUAUUACAUCACUAGUAGCUACGGUAGAGUUGGCACGUGGGGCGCUAGAGUACGCUAGUUACUGGCGUGCCAAAUCAAAUUCUGGGCAUAGUAGUUAUCAGAUAUGUUGAUGGCUUUUAACUUCGCGUGAGUUGUUGCGCAGAACACAAUUUAAUGUGUUGGGGAGUGGAGGGGUGUGACCUUGAGCCGCCAAAAUAUUUGAAAAGAACUAUACCUGAAUUGUUUUUUAAAUAGUUCAGCGAGCUGUCGCGUAGUAAUGGGACGCAAGCCUGUGAUUUUGUUUUAGAUUUAGGUACAGGGUUUUCAUGAUGGCACAUGAUUUUUGGGGGUAAAUAAUUAGUUUAUUCUUUAUUUGUACAGAUUAUGUUUAUGUAGAUGAUCUAGUUUAUGAAUUUUUCACUCAAUACCUGUGAAAUAAGUUAUUUCUCGUUAAAACUGUCGACCAGUUUUAUUUACGUUAGUAACGUAUAUAUAGGUAUGUAAGAGACACAAUGAGUGUUGUAAGUUAAUAUAAGUUUAAAAUGAGCAAUAACUAUACUACAUGUUUGAUAAGUUGUUUCACAAAUUUAGACAUUGAGAACGUCCAAACAUGACAAUCUAUAACCUUUUACGGUGGGUUUCUGAGACGAAA